AACAAAAAAGGUUACUGACUCUGAUGACACGGAGCCUAUAAAAGUCGAGACAUGCAUUACUUUAGAAGGCUGAAUACUGGAACUAUAACACUGACCAGAAACAGAGGAUUUUAAUUUAUAAAAACUGAAUAAUAGAACUGUAACUUAUCUGUUGCUGAGUUUAAAGAGAGACUAUUACUGAAUAUUACAGAGCAACAGGGUAUUAUUUGAAAACAGUCAGGAUGAAAAGAAAAGAAUUGAUCAUGUUGACGAUAGGUAUCCUUCUGAGAGCUGUAAGUGGAGAAAGCUACACUUCUGCAACAUCACCAACUGUUCCAGCUGAAACAAUUACAGAAACAUUAGAAACCCUAACAACUCUUAGUGAAAUAUCAGAAUCCACAGUUGUCACAUUUUUCACAUCACCAAGUUCUUCAGAUGGAACAACUGGAGGAACGACACUGGAAACCCUAACUAGUCUUAGUGAAACAUCAGAAUCCACAGUUGUCACAUUUUUCACAUCACCAAGUUCUUCUGCUGGAACAACAGCAGGAACGACACUGGAAACCCCAAAAUGUACAAGUGAAACAUCACAAUCUACAGUUGUUGCAACUUCAACAUCACCAAGUUCUUCUGAUGGAACAACUGCAGAAACAACACUGGAAACCCCAAAAUGUACAAGUGAAACAUCACAAUCUACAGUUGUUGCAACUUCAACAUCACCAAGUUCUUCUGAUGGAACAACUGCAGAAACAACACUGGAAACCCCAACUAGUCCAAGUGAAACAUCAGAAUCCACAAUUGUCACAUCUUCAACACCACCAACUACUUCUGAUGGAACAACUGCAGGAACGACGCUGGAAACCCCAACUACUCUUAGUGAAACAUCACAAUCCACAGUUGUCACAUCUUCAUCAUCACCAAGUUCCUCUGAUGGAACAACUGCAGGAACGACACUGGAAACCCCAAAAAGUACAAGUGAAACAUCACAAUAUACAGUUGUUGCAACUUCAACAUCACCAAGUUCUUCUGAUGGAACAACUGCAGAAACGACAAUAGAAACCCCAACUAGUCUAAGUGAAACAUCAGAAUCCACAAUUGUCACAUCUUCAACACCACCAACUUCUUCUGCUGGAACAACUGCAGGCACGACACUGGGAAUCUCAACAACUCUUAGUGAAACAUCAGAAUCCACAGCUGUCACAUCCUCAACAUCACCAACUUCUUCUGCUGGAACAACAGCAGGAACGACACUGGGAACCACACCUACUCCUGGUGAAACAUCAGAAUCCACAGUUGUCACAUCUUCAACAUCACAAACUUCUUCUGCUGAAACAACAGCAGGAACGACACUGGGAUCCCCAACUACUCUUAGUGAAACAUCAGAAUCCACAGUUGAAACAUCUUCAACAUCACAAACUUCUUCUACUGGAACAACUGCAGGAACGACAAUGGGAACCCCAACUACUCUUAGUGAAACCUCAGAAUCCACAGUUGUCACAUCUUCAACAUCACCAACUUCUUCUGCUGGAACAACUGCAGAAACAACACUGGAAACCCCAACUAGUCCAAGUGAAACAUCAGAAUCCACAAUUGUCACAUCUUCAACACCACCAACUACUUCUGCUGGAACAACUGCAGGAAUGACACUGGAAACCCCAACUACUCUUAGUGAAACAUCAGAAUCCACAGUUGUCACAUCUUCAACAUCACAAACUUCUUCUGCUGGAACAACUGCAGGAACGACACUGGAAACCCCAACUACUCUUAGUGAAACAUCAGAAUCCACAGUUGUCACAUCUUCAACAUCACAAACUUCUUCUCCUGGAACAACUGCAGGAACGACACUGGAAACCCCAACUACUCUUAGUGAAACAUCAGAAUCCACAGUUGUCACAUCUUCAACAUCACAAACUUCUUCUGCUGGAACAACUGCAGGAACGACACUGGGAACCCCAACUACUCUUAGUGAAACAUCAGAAUCCACAGUUGAAACAUCAACAUCACAAACUUCUUCUGCUGGAACAACUGCAGGAACGACACUGGAAACCCCAACUACUCUUAGUGAAACAUCAGAAUCCACAGUUGUCACAUCUUCAACAUCACAAACUUCUUCUGCUGGAACAACUGCAGGAACGACACUGGAAACCCCAACUACUCUUAGUGAAACAUCAGAAUCCACAGUUGUCACAUCUUCAACAUCACAAACUUCUUCUGCUGGAACAACUGCAGGAACGACACUGGAAACCCCAACUACUCUUAGUGAAACAUCAGAAUCCACAGUUGUCACAUCUUCAACAUCACAAACUUCUUCUCCUGGAACAACUGCAGGAACGACACUGGAAACCCCAACUACUCUUAGUGAAACAUCAGAAUCCACAGUUGAAACAUCAACAUCACAAACUUCUUCUGCUGGAACAACUGCAGGAACGACACUGGGAACCCCAACUACUCUUAGUGAAACAUCAGAAUCCACAGUUGAAACAUCAACAUCACAAACUUCUUCUGCUGGAACAACUGCAGGAACGACACUGGGAACCCCAACUACUCUUAGUGAAACACCAGUAUCCACAGCUGUCACAUCUACAAUAUCACCAACUUCUUCUGCUGGAACAACUGCAGGAUCAACUGCAGGAUCAACUGCAGGAACAACUGCACAAAUGACACUGGGAACCUCAACUGAUGUUAGCCAUGCAUCAACUGGAUCAACUGCUGUUACUGAAACAUCAAUGACUAUAGCAGACACGACAGAAACCCCAUCAAGAUCAACUACAGACAUUAGUGUUACACCAACAUCUACAGAACUAUCAUCAACUACAAGUCCUGCCUUGGUAACAUCAAUCAGUGCUAGUACAGUUGCAUCACAACCUCCAUCUACUUCAGUUACCCCUACAAGCUCUGGCCCACUUUUCUUAAUGCAAAUUAAAUUUAUCACAGAAGAAGCAUUUAAUAAUGACUUAUUAAACUCAUCUUCAUCUGCCUACAAUGACCGUGCAACUCGCAUAAAAAAUGAGUUUACAGUAAUUCUUCAGGUCAGAUUCCCUAACUUCAGGAUACUGUUAGUACUUAGAUUCAGCUCUGGGUCAACUGUUUCAUAUGUUGACUUAUUCUUUGCUGAAAGUCUGCCUCCUGAUUCUUCAGUUAUUAAUGCAUUGAUGAAUGCAAAUACAAGCUUUCAAAUUACAGGCGUCUUUGUAAUUGGAGCUUCAACUGAAUCACCCCCAAUGACUUCAACACAGACUGCAACAACUGCAGCUACAACAGACAUCACAACAGAAGUUUUAACUAGCACCAGCUCUACUACAGCUGCUGUCUCAGAAACAUCAACUACCCUGUUGACUACAGAGAGUACAAUACAAAUGUCAACAAGCGUAAGAUCUGAAACAGAAUCCACCACAGUUAUCACAAUAGAAACCUCCACAGUUGCUACAUCAGAACCAGCAUCUAGCACUAUUUCAAGAUCAACUACAGGUGUCACACCAGAAUCCACCACAUCUGUUACAUCAGAACCAGCAUCUAGUACUGUUUCAAGAUCAACUACAGGUAUCACACCAGAACCAGCAUCUAGCACUCUACCAAGCUCAACUACAGGAGUCACACUGGAAACCUCUACAGUUGCUACAUCAGAACCAGCAUCUAGCACUGCUUCAAGAUCAUCUACAGGUGUCACAUCAGAACCAGCAUCUAGCACUCUACCAAGCUCAUCUACAGGCAUCACACUGGAAACAUCAACAGUUAUUACAUCAGCACCAGCAUCUAGCACUCUUUCAGGAUCAACUACAAGCAUCACACCAGAAACCCCAACAGUUAUAACAUCACAACCAGCAUCUACCACUCUUUCAAGCUCAACUACAGGUGUUACACCAGAAUCCUCCACAUCUGUUACAUCAGAACCAGCAUCUAGCACUCUUUCAAGCUCAACUACAGGCAUCACACUGGAAACCUCCACAGUGGUUACAUCAGAACCAGCAUCUAGCACUCUUUCAGGAUCAACCACAGGCAUCACACUGGAAACCUCAACAAGUGUCACAUCAGAACCUGCGACUAGCACUCUUUCAGGAUCAACCACAGGCAUCACACUGGAAACAUCUACAGAUGUCACAUCAGAACCAGCAUCUAGCACUCUUUCAGGAUCAACCACAGGAAUCACACCAGAAACCUCAACAGGUGUCACAUCAGAACCAGCAUCUAGCACUCUUUCAAGCUCAACUUCAGGCAUCACACUGGAAACCUCAACAAGUAUCACAUCAGAACCAGCAACAAGCACUAUUUCAGGAUCAACCACAGACAGCACACUGGAAACAUCAACAGGUGUCACAUCAGAGCCAGCAUCUAGCACUCUUUCAAGCUCAUCUACAGGUGUUACAUCAGAACCAGCAUCUAGCACCUUUUCAAGCUCAUCUACAGGUGUCACAUCAGGACCAGCAUCUAGCACUCUUUCAAGCUCAACUUCAGGCAUCACACUGGAAACCUCAACAAGUAUCACAUCAGAACCAGCAACAAGCACUAUUUCAGGAUCAACCACAGACAGCACACUGGAAACAUCAACAGGUGUCACAUCAGAGCCAGCAUCUAGCACCCUUUCAAGCUCAUCUACAGGUGUUACAUCAGAACCAGCAUCUAGCACUCUUUCAGGAUCAACCACAGGCAUCACACUGGAAACCUCUACAGGUGUUACAUCAGAACCAGCAUCUAGCACUCUUUCAGGAUCAACCACAGGCAUCACACUGGAAACCUCUACAGGUUUUACAUCAAAACCAGCAUCUAGCACUCUUUCAGGACCAACUACAGGCAUCACACUGGAAACCUCAACAAGUGUCACAUCAGAACCAGCAACUAGCACUGUUUCACGAUCAACCACAAGCAUCACACCGGAAACAUCAACAGGUGUCAUAUCAGAACCAGCAUCUAGCACUCUUUCAAGCUCAACUACAGGCAUCACACCAGAAACCUCUACAGGUGUCACAUCAGAACCAGCAUCUAGCACCCUUUCAGGAUCAACUACAGCCGUCACACUAGACACCUCAACAGGUGUCACAUCAGAGCCAGCACCUAGCACUCUUUCAAGAUCAACUACAGCCAUCACACCGGAAACAUCGACAGGUGUCACAUCAGGACCAUCAUCUAGCACUCUUUCAAGCUCAACUACAGGCGUCACACCAGAAACCUCUACAGGUGUCAUAUCAGAACCAGCAUCUAGCACUCUUUCGGGAUCAACUACAGCCAUCACACCAGAAACCUCAACAGGUGUCACAUCAGAGCCAGCAUCUAGCACUCUUUCAAGAUCAACCACAGGCAUCACACCGGAAACAUCAACAGGUGUCACAUCGGGACCAUCAUCUAGCACUCUUUCAAGCUCAACUACAGGCGUCACACCAGAAACCUCAACAGGUGUCACAUCAGAGCCAGCAUCUAGCACUCUUUCAAGCUCAACUACAGGCAUCACACCAGAAACCUCUACAGGUGUCACAUCAGAACCAGCAUCUAGCACUCUUUCAAGAUCAACUACAGUCAUCACACCAGAAACCUCAACAAGUGUCACAUCAGAGCCAGCAUCUAGCACUCUUUCAGGAUCAACCACAGGUGUCACACUAGAAACAUCAACAGGUGUCACAUCAGGACCAUCAUCUAGCACUCUUUCAAGAUCAACUACAGUCAUCACACCAGAAACCUCAACAAGUGUCACAUCAGAGCCAGCAUCUAGCACUCUUUCAAGAUCAACUACAGCCAUCACACCAGAAACCUCAACAGGUGUCACAUCAGAGCCAGCAUCUAGCACUCUUUCAGGAUCAACCACAGGCAUCACACCGGAAACAUCAACAGGUGUCACAUCAGGACCAGCAUCUACCACUCUUUCAAGCUCAACUACAGGUGUCACAUCAGAGCCAGCAUCUAGCACUCUUUCAAGAUCAACUACAGGCAUCACACCAGAAACCUCAACAGGUGUCACAUCAGAGCCAGCAUCUAGCACUCUUUCAAGCUCAACUACAGGCAUCACACCAGAAACCUCUACAGGUGUCACAUCAGAGCCAGCAUCUAGCACUCUUUCAAGAUCAACUACAGCUGUCACGCCAGAAACCUCAACAGGUGUCACAUCAGAGCCAGCAUCUAGCACUCUUUCAAGAUCAACUACAGCCAUCACACCAGAAACCUCAACAGGUGUCACAUCAGAGCCAGCAUCUAGCACUCUUUCAGGAUCAACCACAGGCAUCACACCGGAAACAUCAACAGGUGUCACAUCAGGACCAGCAUCUAGCACUCUUUCAGGAUCAACCACAGGCAUCACACCGGAAACAUCAACAGGUGUCACAUCAGGACCAGCAUCUACCACUCUUUCAAGCUCAACUACAGGUGUCACAUCAGAGCCAGCAUCUAGCACUCUUUCAAGAUCAACUACAGCUGUCACACCAGAAACCUCAACAGGUGUCACAUCAGAGCCAGCAUCUAGCACUCUUUCAAGCUCAACUACAGGCAUCACACCAGAAACCUCUACAGGUGUCACAUCAGAGCCAGCAUCUAGCACUCUUUCAAGAUCAACUACAGGCAUCACACCAGAAACCUCUACAGGUGUCACAUCAGAGCCAGCAUCUAGCACUCUUUCAAGAUCAACCACAGGCAUCACACCGGAAACAUCAACAGGUGUCACAUCAGAGCCAGCAUCUAGCACUCUUUCAAGAUCAACUACAGCUGUCACGCCAGAAACCUCAACAGGUGUCACAUCAGAGCCAGCAUCUAGCACUCUUUCAAGAUCAACUACAGCCGUCACACCAGAAACCUCAACAGGUGUCACAUCAGAGCCAGCAUCUAGCACUCUUUCAGGAUCAACCACAGGCAUCACACCGGAAACAUCAACAGGUGUCACAUCAGGACCAGCAUCUACCACUCUUUCAAGCUCAACUACAGGUGUCACAUCAGAGCCAGCAUCUAGCACUCUUUCAAGAUCAACUACAGCUGUCACACCAGAAACCUCAACAGGUGUCACAUCAGAACCAGCAUCUAGCACUCUUUCAAGAUCAACUACAGCUGUCACACCAGAAACCUCAACAGGUGUCACAUCAGAGCCAGCAUCUAGCACUCUUUCAAGCUCAACUACAGGCAUCACACCAGAAACCUCUACAGGUGUCACAUCAGAGCCAGCAUCUAGCACUCUUUCAAGAUCAACUACAGGCAUCACACCAGAAACCUCUACAGGUGUCACAUCAGAGCCAGCAUCUAGCACUCUUUCAAGAUCAACUACAGGCAUCACACCAGAAACCUCAACAGGUGUCACAUCAGAGCCAGCAUCUAGCACUCUUUCAAGAUCAACUACAGGCAUCACACCGGAAACAUCAACAGGUGUCACAUCAGGACCAGCAUCUACCACUCUUUCAAGCUCAACUACAGGUGUCACAUCAGAGCCAGCAUCUAGCACUCUUUCAAGAUCAACUACAGCUGUCACACCAGAAACCUCAACAGGUGUCACAUCAGAGCCAGCAUCUAGCACUCUUUCAAGCUCAACUACAGGCAUCACACCAGAAACCUCUACAGGUGUCACAUCAGAACCAGCAUCUAGCACUCUUUCAAGAUCAACUACAGCUGUCACACCAGAAACCUCAACAGGUGUCACAUCAGAGCCAGCAUCUAGCACUCUUUCAAGCUCAACUACAGGCAUCACACCAGAAACCUCAACAGGUGUCACAUCAGAGCCAGCAUCUAGCACUCUUUCAAGAUCAACUACAGUCAUUACACCAGAAACCUCUACAGGUGUCACAUCAGAGCCAGCAUCUAGCACUCUUUCAAGAUCAACUACAGUCAUCACACCAGAAACCUCAACAGGUGUCACAUCAGAGCCAGCAUCUAGCACUCUUUCAAGAUCAACUACAGUCAUCACACCAGAAACCUCAACAGGUGUCACAUCAGAGCCAGCAUCUAGCACUCUUUCAGGAUCAACCACAGGCAUCACACCGGAAACAUCAACAGGUGUCACAUCAGGACCAGCAUCUACCACUCUUUCAAGCUCAACUACAGCUGUCACACCAGAAACCUCAACAGGUGUCACAUCACAGCCAGCACCUAGCACUCUUUCAAGAUCAACUACAGCUGUCACACCAGAAACCUCAACAGGUGUCACAUCACAGCCAGCACCUAGCACUCUUUCAAGAUCAACUACAGCUGUCACACCAGAAACCUCAACAGGUGUCACAUCACAGCCAGCACCUAGCACUCUUUCAAGAUCAACUACAGCUGUCACACCAUUAACCUCAACAGGUGUCACAUCACAGCCAGCACCUAGCACUCUUUCAAGAUCAACUACAGCUGUCACACCAGACACCUCAACAGGUGUCACAUCACAGCCAGCAUCUAGCACUCUUUCAAGCUCAACUACAGGCAUCACACCAGAAACCUCUACAGGUGUCACAUCAGAGCCAGCAUCUAGCACUCUUUCAAGAUCAACUACAGGCAUCACACCAGAAACCUCUACAGGUGUCACAUCUCAAUCAGUGCCAAUUUCUCCAUCCACAGUAACUACAGAUAAAUUUACAACAUCAAGUGCAGCUGAUAUACGGUACAUUAGCUUUACAACAAAUGAAACAUUUGUUUCUGAACUUUCAAACUCAUCUUCACCUGCCUUCACUGACAGAAAAUCCAAAGUUAUAUCAAAGAUUACACCAAUCUUCAGGGAGAACUAUAAGAACUUCCAAAAUCUAACUGUGAUUAGGUUCAGGUCUGGAUCAAUCAUCUCAGAUAUGAGAUUAGAGUUCACAUAUCUUGAGGGUUAUCCCAGUAAUAAUGUUAUCAUUACCAUACUAAUGACAGCAGAUACAGGUUUUAACAUUACAAGUGCUUUUGUAACUUAUUUUGCUACUACUACGACUACUUUUCCAACCACUACACCGACAACCAACAUUACCACCACAGCAGCACAACCAACAAACUCUACUUCCACCACAGCAGCACAACUAACAAACGCUACUUCCUCCACAACAGCAACUCAAACAAACACUAGUACCACCACAACAAUAGCACAACCAACAAACACUACUACCACUACAACAGCACCUCAAACAAACACUAGUACCACUACAACAGCACCUCAAACAAACACUACUACCACCACAACAAUAGCACAACCAACAAACACUACUACUACCACAACAGCAACUCAAACAAACAGUAGUACCACCACAACAAUAGCACCUCAAACAAACAUCACUACCACCACAACAGCAACUCAAACAAACACUACUACCACCACAACAACAGCACCUCAAACAAACAUCACUACCACCACAACAGCAACUCAAACAAACACUACUACCACCACAACAACAGCACCUCAAACAAACACUAGUACCACCACAACAAUAGCACCUCAAACAAACAUCACUACCACCACAACAGCAACUCAAACAAACACUACUACCACCACAACAAUAGCACAACCAACAAACACUACUACCACCACAACAGCACCUCAAACAAACACUAGUACCACCACAACAAUAGCACCUCAAACAAACAUCACUACCACCACAACAGCAACUCAAACAAACACUACUACCACCACAACAAUAGCACAACCAACAAACACUACUACCACCACAACAAUAGCACAACCAACAAACACUACUUCCACCACAACAAUAGCACAACCAGCAAACACUACUACCACCACAACAGCACCUCAAACAAACACUACUACCACCACAACAAUAGCACCUCAAACAAACACUACUACCACCACAACAAUAGCACAACCAGCAAACACUACUACCACCACAACAAUAGCACAACCAACAAACACUACUACCACCACAACAGCACCUCAAACAAACACUACUACCACCACAACAAUAGCACAACCAACAAACACUACUACCACCACAACAGCACCUCAAACAAACACUACUACCACCACAACAAUAGCACAACCAACAAACACUACUACCACCACAACAGCACCUCAAACAAACACUACUACCACCACAACAAUAGCACAACCAAAAAACACUACUACCACCACAACAGUAGCACAACCAGCAAACACUACUACCACCACAACAGCACCUCAAACAAACACUACUACCACCACAACAAUAGCACAACCAAAAAACACUACUACCACCACAACAAUAGCACAACCAGCAAACACUACUACCACCACAACAAUAGCACAACCAACAAACACUACUACCACCACAACAGCACCUCAAACAAACACUACUACCACCACAACAAUAGCACAACCAACAAACACUACUACCACAACAAUAGCACAACCAACAAACACUACUACCACCACAACAGCACCUCAAACAAACACUACUACCACCACAACAAUAGCACAACCAACAAACACUACUACCACCACAACAGCACCUCAAACAAACACUACUACCACCACAACAACAGCACCUCAAACAAACACUACUACCACCACAACAGCACCUCAAACAAACACUACUACCACCACAACAGCACCUCAAACAAACACUACUACCACCACAACAAUAGCACAACCAACAAACACUACUACCACCACAACAGCACCUCAAACAAACACUACUACCACCACAACAGCACCUCAAACAAACACUACUACCACCACAACAGCACCUCAAACAAACACUACUACCACCACAACAAUAGCACAAUCAACAAACACUACUACCACCACAGCAACACAACAAACAAACACUACUACCACCACAACACUUAAAACUACUACAACACCAAAACCAACAACCACAACAACACCUCCAACAACAGCAGCAGCAACAACAACAGUUGCACCAACCCGUCCACCACCAUCUGUUGAGAUGAGUGUUGGUAUCAAGUAUACAUAUGUUGAGGAACUUAAUAAUCCUAACAGCAAGGAAUUCAAACAACUGGCUGAGAUUGUGGCUGUAGUGUUGGAACAAAUCUAUAGAAAUAUAUAUGGACCUAGGUUCCUCCGGGCCAUUAUCCUAGCCUUCAGACCUUUGACCAAACGUGCAGGUGAUAAUACCCAAGCAGACGUCCAGCUGAUAUUCAAUGAGAACACCAUAAUACCAAUACCAACUGGUGAAGAAGUAGUGAGUGUUCUGAAAGAUGUUGCAAUAAAUAACAACACAUUCGUUGUGCAAUUUGAUCCCACUGAAAUCACUCUCAUCAAUGAGCCAUACAAAAUCGAUGUGCAGUUCCGAACAAAUGGCACUUUCACAGAACAACUCUCAAACACGACCUCAGCUUUAUUUAUAAACAGAACAAUCAUGAUUAAAAAUGGACUUAGCCCUUUUUUCAUUGCUGACUUCCCUACUACAUUUAGCCUCUUAACCAUGUCAAACUACAGCAACGGCACUGCUACAUCUGGAAAAGCAGCUAAUGAUUCAAUUCUGAGCUUCAUGGAAUUGGAUUAUGCCAGAUCAGGUGGAAGUCCCAACAUCACCCAAAUUGCACAAACUAUAAUUCGAGCAGCCAAAAACGACACCCUUCCAUUCCAGAUCUUCCUCAAUGAAAUUAUAGUGAAUGGCACAUUAUUCUCAUCGAGCGAUGUCAGCAGCAAGAUCAGUGUGCUCAUGGCAUGCUUCAUGGUAGCUGUGUCGCUUCUGUUCACACGGUACAGCUGAUGCUAAACCACAUCCUCUGCUCAGAAUGAGAACCAUCACCAGGUUUUAAACUCUUUACAGUAUAAAUGAAAUGAAUAUACAUGUAUAAAAUACACAGUGACAGUUUGUCAGCAUGCUUGUAUGAUAGGGUUUGGUUAGUAUAGCUUUAAUUAUUAUGAAUUUCUAUUGUUGUUGGUCCUAUUGUCUAUUAUGUUGGUGAUGGGCCUUUUGUUAAUGAUUCUAUAUAAAUCCUGCCGGCAAGCAUGAAGGAAUUUCUUUGUCAUGCUUAAACAUGAUAAGCUAAAAAGGCAACAAUGCUAUGGUGUAUUACAUUUUGUGUAUUAUUUUAGAACUAAUUUAUCGUUUUUUUGUGCCUUUUGCCAGGAAAUGUAUCUGAAAUAAGUGUUACAGGUUUGCAAAUUAGUAUUUUAGAUUUCUAUAAGACACAUAAUAAUGCUUCAUGUUAAACCCAGUAUGCAUAUAGUGCAUAGUAAGUCGUUUAACUAGUUUGAAUACCGGUCUAACAGUGUUUAAUCUGGCAUGCUUCCCAACAACUUUGUGUGACAAAGACAAUUUUAUUUUCACAUGUUCUAUGAUGUAAUAUAGCAGUUAAUAGACUAGAACUAUUAUUAUUUAUGUUUGAUUUAUCUAAACUUGUGCACUUUUUGUUCUCCAAUGCACUCAGCACUAUGUAUUUAUUUACUAAAAUGGGUAUCUAGCUCCAAGGACUAUGUAUUUAUUGAGAUAAUUUAAUAUAUUCAACUAUGUAUAUGCUAUAAUAUUCGUUGCAUUAAUUGUAGCACUUCAUAUUUAUAAAUGUACAACUCAGUGUCCAAUAAACUCAUGGGAAGCUGCACCAAUAACCUUUUUCUAAUAAUUUUUUAUUGCUAAAAUUGAUUGUUAACUGUUUCAUUAAUGUGGUUAGGCUUCAGAAAAGGAAUCAGCAGUAUUACAAUUCUAUCAUAUAAUUUUAAUUUUCUCUCUUUCAAAGACUCAUAUCUCAGAGAUAACUU